AUGCCAUCACAUAACGUGAAAAGAGAAAAACAUCUCAAUGGAUCGGAAACAAGAUCUGAUACUCAAGAAAAUGGGGUAAGUACUCAUGAUUCCGUAGAAGAAGCUGUAUUAAAAUAUGUUCGUGAUGGAUUUCAACAGAAUGAUCUCCAAAAGAUGUCAUCGGAUAAUGGUAAUGGUGGUAAUGACCAAGGUGAUGACGAGAACAACGAAGGUAAGAACAAUGGCAAUACAAGUGCUUCAGCUGCUACUAAUGAUGAUAUGAGUUGGUAUUUAAAACAUGAUGAAGAUAUAAACCAAUAUGAUCGUCAAGGUGCUAGUGCAACAAAUGAAGACGAUUCACAGGCUGCAACAUCAGAAUCUGUAGCAAUGGCUGCAGUCGCCGCUGCAUAUGCAUCAUCAUCUUCAACUUUAGGUAAAUCUGAGAAACGUAAGCACAAGAAAACUCACCGAGACAAUGAUGGAAAGAAAUCCAAAAAACACAAGAAACAAAAGAAGAAUCCUGAAACUGAUAUAGUUAAGGAAGAUGUGACAUCAAUUGCCGUUGAUCCUGCGCUAGCUACUCUUGAUAAUGACGAAGGUAAUGAUCCAUCCAAUAAUGCACAGGAUCAAUUAGUUCGAAAAGCUAUAAUAGAUACGGAUAGUAUAACUCAAAACCCUGAUUUCCAACAAUACUUAAAUACAGAUAUAUCAACAAAGGAUGAACCCCUAACAAAGAAGGUGACUACUGAAAAGACCAAAAAACCAAAGACAAAGAAAAGCUCCGAUGAAAGUGACAGUGCCACAUUGGUUGAUCCCGUUUCUAUGGAGGAGCCUGAAGUGCCUACCAAGAAUUACAAUGAUUUGAGUAAGGAUUAUGAAGGUGUCCUGCCAAAGGGCGUUUCUAUUACUAACGUAGGGCUCAAAACUGACAAGGAUACUCAUUUACUUCAAAGUGCCGCUACAGAUGCAUCGAAGAUGAUCCGUGAAGGUACACAAAGUACGGGUAAGGUAUUCGAUGCUAUUGAAGAAAGUGCUUUGGAUCAAUUUAUUGCAGAAUAUAGUAGAAUUAAAGGAUUCUCCAGAAAAGAAACAUGUGAAAGAAUUUGGACAAAUGGCCGCCGAAAGGAUGACUUUUGGAUAAAUAUUUGUAAGGUAUUACCUUACAGAACAAGGUCAUCCAUAUAUAAGCAUGUCCGCAGAAGAUAUCAUAUAUUUGAACAACGUGGUAAAUGGACACCGGAAGAAGAUGCUGAGUUGGCCAAACUUUGCGUAGAAAAAGAAGGGCAAUGGUCUGAAGUUGGUAAAUACUUAGGUAGAAUGCCAGAAGAUUGUAGAGAUCGUUGGAGAAAUUAUAUAAAAUGUGGGUCCAAGAGAGCAUCUAAUAAAUGGACUCCAGAGGAGGAAGAAAAAUUAAAAGAUGUUAUUGCAAGAUUAAUAUUCGAUGCUACUGGGCAAAAAGGUGACUUUCCUGAAAGAAAAAUUGACGAAGUUGAUGAAGAUGGUCUGGAGAUUGAAAAAAGUCUUCCAACUAUGCCUAAAACGAAAGAAAAUCAGAAGAAGUUUCAGGAUAUUAUUAAUUGGACCCUAGUAAGCGAACGUAUGGAUGGUGCAAGAUCUCGUAUUCAAUGUCGAUACAAAUGGAAUAAACUUGUAAAAAAACAAGCAAUACAGAGAAUUCAAAAUAUAUCAGAAGACACCAAAAAAUGGACUCUGGAGAAAUUACGAGAUCUUGGAUUCACUGAAGAUUCUCAAGUUGACUGGGAUGAACUUGCUACUCUUUGCCCUGAUACAGAAUGGUCUGGUUUGGAACUCAAGCUCUCUUAUGAGAAGUUACGCACUUUGGUAAAAGAUCACAAAUCCAAAAAUAUAAAUGAAAUAUCAAAGGAAUUAUUAGGUAUCAUAGACGGUCCACUACAGGGUGACAAAGACAGUUAG